UGAAAGCGAAAGAGAAAGAGAGAGAAUCUCAAGCAGGCUGCAUGCUCAGCCCGGAGUCUGACACAGGACUCAAUCCCACAACCCUGGGAUCAUGACCUGAGCCAAAACCAAGAGUCAGAUGCUCAAUUGACUGAGCCACCCAGGUGCCCCAGUUAUAUGCAGACCUUCAAUUACAUGGGGGGUUGAAAAUUGUACAAAAACUACAUAUAUUUAGUGCAUACAAUUUGAUGAGUUUAGACGUGUACAAACACUCAUGAUAACCAUCACUACAGUCAAGGUAGUACCAUAUGCAACAUUUCCCAGAGUUUCCUUGUGUCCCUUUGCUUUUUUUUUUUUUUUUGCUUUAUUUUGUGGUAAUAACACUUAACAUGAGAUUUACUCUCUUGACAAAUUUCAAAUGCAUAAUAUCAUAUUGUUAACUAUAAAAUCCAUGUUGUAUAGCAGAUCUCUAGCACUUAUUCAUUGAGCAUGACUUAAACAUUAUUCCUAUUGAAUAACAAUAACCCAUUUCCUCACUACCCAACCUCUGGGAAGCACUAUUAUAUUCUCUGAUUCUAUGAAUUUGACUAUUUUACAUAUGUCAUAUAAGUGGAAUCAUGCAUUAUUGAUCUCAUUAUGACUAGCUUAUUUCAUGUUGGAUAUCUGUCAGGUUCAUCCAUGUUGUCACAAAUAGUAAGAUUUCCUACAUUUUUAAGGCUGAAUAAUAUUCCAUUGUACAUAUAUACCAUAUUUUCUUUACCCAUUCAUCUGUUGAUGAACAUUUUGGUUGUUUCCACUUCUGGGCUAUUAUGAAUAGUAUUACAAUGAACAUGGGAGUGCGACAUCUCUUUGAGAUCCUGACUUCAACUUUUUGGAUAUAUAUACCCAGAAGUGAGAUUGCUGAAUUAUAUGGUAGUUCUAUUGUUAAGUUUUUGAGGAAUCUCCAUCUAUUUUUUCAUAGUUGUUAUGCCCACCAACAAUUACAUUCCCACCAACAGUAUUCCAAUUUCUCUGUGGCUGCUCCAAUGCUUAUCUUUUUGUUUUUUAAUAGUAGUCAUCCUAGGGGCAACUGAGUGGCUGAGUUGGUUAAGCAUCCAACUCUUGAUUACGACUCAGGUCAUGACCUCACGGUUUGUGAGGUCGAGCUCCAUGUUGGGCUCUGUGCUGACAGUGCAGAGCCUGCUUAGGAUUAUCUCUCUCCCUCUCUCUCUGCCUCUUCCCUGUGCUCUCUCUCUUUCUCUCAAAAUUAGUAAACAUUAAAAAAAGUUUUAAAUAAUAGUCAUCCUAGCAGAUAUGAAGUGACAUUUAUUGCAGUUUUUUUUCUGCUUUAUUGUGAUGCUUUUAACCUCAGCACAAAGAGUAAGUAAUUUAUCUUCCACAUUUUCUUUAUUGCACUUCUGAUUUGUAUUUUCCUGAUAAUUAAUGACAUUGACCAUCUUUCCACAUAUGUGUUGGCCAUUUUGCAGGACACAAAAUUGAUAUAUAAAAUUGGUUGCAUUUACAUACACUAAUAAUUAACCAUCUAAAAGGGGAAUUAAGAAAACAACCCCACCUACAAUAGCAUCAAAAAGGAUAAUAUACUUAGGAAUGAACUUGUUUUUUCUGUAGAAACAGAAAAACAAUUCUAAAGUUCUUAGGGGACCACAGGAGAAUCAUAGUAGCUAAAGGAAGAUUGAAAAUGGACAAACAAGCUAGAGACAUCACAUGUUCGGAUUUCCAAAUAUAUUAGAUUUCCAAAUACAUUACAAAGUUGCAGUAAUUAAAACAGUAUGGUACUGGCAUACAGACAAAUAUAUACACUAGCAGAAUGGGAUAGAACAGAAAAAAAACCUAUCGUGUACACAACCAACUGAUCAUUGACAAGGAAUGGGGAAAAGAAAAUCUCUUCAACAAAAGGUGCUAGGAAGCCUGGAUACACAAAUGCAAAAGAAAGAAACUGGACCCUUAUACUAUACACAAAAUCAACACAAAAUGCAUUAAAGACUUAAAUGUGAGACUAUAAACAAUAAAACUCCUAGAAGAAAACAUAAGGGAAACGUUCCUUGACAUUGCACUUUGCAGUGAUUUCUUCAAUGUGACACCAAAAACACAGGGAACAUAAGCAAAAAUAGACAAGUGCAACUAUAUCAAACUAGAAACUUUCUGUACAGGAAAGGAAACAACCAACAAAAAUAAAAAGGCAACCUAUGGAAUGGGAUAAAAUAUUUGUAAAUCAGAUAUAUAAUAAAGGGUUUAUUCCCAGGAGGUAUAAGGAACUCCUAAAAUUCAAUAGCAAAUAAUCAAAUAACCUGGUUCAAAAAUGCACAAAGAACUUGAAGACAUUUUCCCAAAAAUGUCAGUUAUGGUCUCUAAAGCUCUAUAAAUGAGUCCAUGUGUACCUGUGGAGACUCUAGUUCUCUGGGGUGAAACUCGAGUAUGUAGUAAGUAGCUUCUAAGUGGUCUACCUAUAUUUAUCCUGAUUUGUCACAGAAAUCUUAGUCUAUUCUAUUGAGAUUUUGCCUGUAUAUAAACCCAUUAUUUUAUUACUUACUAAAUAUAGGUACCUAUAAAUAUAAUUCAACUAACAUAGAGUUUGGCUAUCUGUUUCUUAGAGUUGCCUCUGUAUUAGCUUCCUAUUGCUGCUGUAACAAAUUACUAUAAAUGUAGUAGUUUAGAACAGCACAAAUUUAUUAUCUUAAAGUUCCAGAGGUCAGAGUCUGAAGUGAGUCUUGUGGGUCUAAAUCAAGGUGUCCACAUAACUGUGCUCCUUCUGGGAACUCUAGGGGAGAAUCUGUUUCUUGUCUGUCCCUGCUUCUAGAAGCUGCCUGGAUUCCUUAGAUUGUGACUCUGAUCUCUGCUUCCAUCAUCACAUCACCUCCUCUGACUCUCACUCUCCUGCCUUCCUCUUACAAGGACCUUUGUCAUUACACUGGGUCUAUUCCAGUUUUACAGGAUCAUCUUAUCAUCUCAAGAUUGAGAUUAUCUGCAAUGUCCUUUUGCUGUAUAAGGUAACAUAGUCAAAGGUUUCAGGGAUUCAAAUAUGACAAUUUGUGGACCCUUAUUUUAUCUACGAAAUUGUAAAUAAACUACCAUGUGAUGGGCACGUGACCAUAGUAUUGCUGAAAUUACAUUGUAUUAACUUGGGUUCAUUUUGCCAGUCCCAUUGGUUCAAACAGUGAUUGACAGUACAUAUCCACAGUCAUGUGGAUCAUGGAAAUCUCUCUCCACAAUGUCACAUGUGAUUAUAAGUCACCAUUUGUCUCAUUCAGUUUCAGUGCAUUUGUUCAAGCCACAAUUUUUCCCUGAAAAAUAGUUGCCAAUUUAGGCACACUUAUAUUUUAUUAACCUUUCCAAUUUCAGUUAUUUGAAUGGCAUAGGAAUAUAACCAUAGUGUAUAUUCUCUACAAUGUUAGGCCACUGGCCCUUACACUUACAGUAGAAUAUGUGGUUCUCUAGUCUGCUCUUCUUGUGUUCUUCAUUCAUUCAAUAGAUAUUUUCUAAGCACCAACUAGAGGCUGUAGUGUUCUAGUUGCUAAAUCAAGGGACCUCAGAGAUUGCUCUACAGGAGUCAUACACACAGACGUAAUAAAAGACAACCUUUGAACUCCUAACCCCACAGAACAUUAACCACCAGUUUAUAGGGACUCUUUACGUGUCACUUUCAGAGAAUCUGGGUUGUUUGAUUGGUUGUUAUCACAAAGAGAGUGCCUCUGUGGAGUAGAGUUGUGCCAGAUCAUCCCUGGGGCUGUGGGCCAGCCUAUCAGUGGCUGGCUUGGACAGGUGCUCAUUCCUGGUCCAACUACAGCGGCUGGUAUUGUCACGAGGGCUAUAGUGGUGAGUAUUGCGCUUAAGAACCCCCCAGAAGGAGGUCUGGAGCAUCACGAGCAUUCUGAGGUUCUCUGAGUGAGGCAGUGCCUAUUGGAGGCAACAUGUUUAGGGCAUCAUGGACAAAAGGCAGAUCUUAAUGUUAUUAUUGCAUAUUUCACUUACCAUCACUUCUCAUUCUCUUCUUUCUCCCUACUUCUGUAUGGACACAUCUUAACCCAUUCACCUGGUAAUCGCAAGCUACUGUUUUGUCAUCUCACUUUUUAAAUUUGCUGAUUCUUGCAUUUUAUUGAGAAUGCAAAGCACAUGCUUUCUAAUAUUCUUUUUUCUAGUAUAAUUUUUUAACUAUUGUUUUUACCUUUGUAUCAUGAGUUCAGUGGUUUAUUGUUAUGUUUAAGAAUUCUAAGCUUCAUGUUGGAUUGCUUCUGUUUUCUCCUCUGUGAAUGAUUAAAAGUCCAUAAGACUUGGUGCUUAUCACACAUAAGGUCCAUGACUUUCACUUUGUCUUUAUCACCAACUAGCAAUUAUUAGAAUUUGCUUCUCAUUUUUGAAGCCAGUAAUUAAAUGUUUGGUAUCUAUCUGGUACAGUUUUCCUGAACUCAUUUCCUGAAUUCAUCCUCUAGUCGGCCUAUAUAGCUAUGAAUUAGUUCCUAGAUAUUUGGAAGUAAUGAGUAGCUUGUCCCUUGUCCAAAACAGUGCUUAAAGUCUACCAGUUCACAGGUUCCUGCUUAUAGGGAUCUUUUUGUCUCGGAGUCUUUCAAUUCCAUCUUCAUGUUCCAAGGUGCCACACACACCAUGGGUUCACUUCCACCUAGCAGCAUUGGGUACACUGAACUGUGGUUCUAGAAUCAAGUUAUAAAAAGAGAUUGCUUCAUGGAGGUGCCAUGAGAGCUGUUUGAGAAACUGCGAAUCAAGUUUGCCUCUAGUGAGAAUGCAAAGCGUGGAAGGGCAAGGGGUUAAGCUUCCACGUCCCCUGUAACACGUGAAUGUGAACACAGGUAUGCUUCACCACAGACCACUGGCUGCUCAGCUUGGGCUCAGGACCUGUAGCAAUUGGAGCUUUGAGCAUCAUAGCAUGUGAUGGGGAAGAGUACAGCAAACACCAUGGUACACUGCUAGAAAGGGAAGCAGCUGGCAGGUGCAGUAUCCUCAGCAGGUGCCUGACAAAUCAGACCAUCCAGCAUCUGCUGCAGUCAGUCUUGCUUGUGAGCCCACAGGGGACACUUCCAGAAAUAAUUCAUGGGUACCGUACAGAGGGCUGAUAGUUUACAGGACCAGAUUAUACCAGUCAGAGACAUUUGAAGUCAUGACCAUCAGUGAUUCCAUUGUUCCAGCCUCCCAAACAGAGAAAGCAAAGCUUCUUUGCUUCUCUGCUCAACAGGCCUAAUUUUUAAAAAUUGUUUUACUAGUGGUGAGAGGGCCUUCUUUAUUCAUCUUGAGCAAUGUCAGCAGUGACAAAAAGAGCUGGCCAUGUAGGAAGGCAAAAAACAAUGAUGUCAAUGGAACAUGAACAAUUCUCAAAGAUAUAUAAAGCAUUGGCUCAAGGCAUUGAAAUUGGCAGAACAACAGCUAAGGAUGCCACCCUUCCACUGUAGGGAGUGCAGUGCAGGAACUCAAUGGGCAGUUAUGAAAGUGGCAUGCAUUGGAUGAGGGUACUUGAAGGUCUGGAAUUCUAGCAAUAUUGCAGGUAGAAACUGAGAGUAAGGACUUUUCUUUGUUAUUUUUAAUUUGCACUAACACUUUGGUUAUAGCAUCCACUCCAGCCUACUGUGGAAGCCAAGGAGAGAGGAUUUCUGAAAGUUUCCUUAUUAUGGCCUUCAGCAGAAUAGAAAUAUUAUCCAGGACAUGAAUGGACAGUGAAGGCUUUAUCUUCCCUGUGGUUCAAAUUUUAGGUUAAAGAAGUGAGGAUAUCAUUUAAAAAAAUUUUUUUUUACUGUUUGUUUAUUUUUGAGAGAGAGUGGGGAAGGGGCAGAGAGAGAAGGAGACACGGAAUCCGAAGCAGGUUCCAGGCUCCAAACUGUCAGCACAGAGCCCGAGAUGGGGCUCAAACCCAUGAACCGUAAGAUUAUGACCUGAGCUGAAACUGGGCGCUUAACUGACUGAGCCACUCAGGCGCCCCAAGAAGUGAGGAUAUCAUUUAAAGAAGAUGCAAAAAUAAGUUAAAGAUGCCUUAGACAGAUAAAGAUAUAAACAGCAUGACUAUGAAAUAAGUAUGUCUUUUAUGGGAAUAAUCAAGGCACCUCAGGAGCAGGAAACAACAUUCAAACAGAUUUCUUUGCAUCCGGGCCUGCUAAAAAACCAGCAAGCAAAGCAUAAGCAGAUCUUGCAGAUAGGAAAAUAGCAAAGUGAAAGAUGAGCUGGGAAAAAUUUACAUCCAGAGGGCGGUAUUUUCUUGCACGAGGCAAUAGUGGGACUUGGAGCCUAUUCCCUACCUGGAAAUUAUUGCAGAGAUUUUAAGUCCGUGUCCAAGAAGAUACUUUGGAGUGGAAGAAUGAUGCCCCUCCGGCUCACUAUCUUCUUCAUAACCAUCUAUGUGCUCAAAUCCUUGAGAGUAAUUAUGCAGAGGAGCUUAAUGUUUGCAGUGCUGGGCAGAGAGUGGGUGCAGGCCAAAAGGCUGUCAUCGAUGGACUUGAGUCUCAUCUGCCUGGGCAUUUGCUGCUUCUGUCUACAGUGGGCAUCUGUCCUAUACAAUUUUUGCUCUAACUAUGUAUUUUGGUACUUAUCAAUCACCUGAGAAUUUACUAAUACUCUUACUUUCUGGUUAACCAACUUGCUUGCUGUCUUCUACUGUGUCAAAGUCUCUUCCUUUACCAGUCACCUCUUCUAGCUGAGGUGGAGAAUGUUGAGAUUUGUUCCUUGGCUGUUGCUGGGUUCUUUGUUGGUUUUUUGUGUGUCAAUCAUCUUUUCAACUAUUAGGAAUUGUGUCAAUGUUCGCUUAAUCACCAUGGGGCGUUUCUCUACAAACAGCACUAUGGUUAAGGGACUUAAGACAUUCCAUUUGUUUACCAUAUCUCAUCUAAUGGUUGCAUUGGUUAUUCCUUUCCUCCUGUUCCUGGCUUCCACAAUCCUGCUCAUGGCCUCACUGUUCCAACACGGAGCAAUGCAACACCAUAGCACUGGUCACUGCAGCUCCAGCAUGAAAGCUCACACCACUGCCCUGAGGUCUCUCACCAUCUUCCUCGUCCUCUUCACCUCUUACUUGCUGACCCUACUCAUCUCUAUUAUGAGUAUCUCAUUGGAUAAGAGGUCUUGGUUCGGGGCUUGGGGAGCUGUCAUCUGUGCUAUAGUCUCUAUUCACGCCACUUAACUAAUGCCGAGCAUCCCUAAAUUGAAAAAGUUUUCAAGAUAAGGUUCUGGAGCCUAGAGACUGACUGAGGCACAGGGUACAACAAGACCCCUGGGUAAAUGGGAGUAUGCAUUGACACAACUAAUACCAAUAACCAGCAUUAUUCUUGACAAUCCCCCACGUAAUAGUAAUACACCAUAUGUGCAGGUCUUAUUCUCCUUCAUGCCACAGCCAUCUAUCUCUAAUCAAUUCUUUCUCUAUUCCAUGGCACUCCUUCAUUUGCUUUCCACAAUCACCAUGUUGGUCCCAACUUUCUCAUGCAUUUUUAUUUUAUCCUUUUCAUGACUGCCAAUUACUUUAUGCAUUAAUAUGAAUCCCUUCCCCUCAAGAAUUUAUUGCCCACACCCUGAAUAUUCCCCAUGCUAACCCCUCAAUCCACUUUCCUAAACUUAGUCAAGAAAAGGUCUUGCCAUCUCUCUCUCUCUCUCUCUGCUGCUACUGCUUCUAAAACUUUAUCCAAUGACAUAAAUUUUCUUAUUUGGUUCUCUACCAAAUACUGUCCCUUAAUUCCUCUAAAACUCAAGUCAAAAAUGAACCCCUCUUUUAUUUUCAUUCACCAAGAAACUAUACUCUUCCCAGAAUAGCAGACUACUGACCCAGUCUGGGUUCAUCCUAGAACCUCUCCAAAUAUUGGCAACCUAACUGGGUCAAUUGUAGAUAGUUUCCAUUGGUUGGAUUCUUGCCUCUCUAUUGUACUACAAAUUGGACAGAACUUUCUAGGAAGAUUCCUAGAUUGAGGCUUAGCUGGUUUUCGAUAUAUAACCCAGGGGUUAGCUGGGAAACUCCUCUUACUUUGUAAAAUCUGAAUUACAUUGGCUUAAAUUUUCUAUUCUCUUCUAUAUGUGCUCGGUCAUAGUCCAAAGUCCUCCUCAAAUGGGUAAGAAUAUAAGAGUUGCAUAGUACUCAAUUAAAAAUCACCUGUAGGACUUUCCUGUGGGACUUUCCUUUUCAGCCUUCUCAAUCCCACAGAACUCUCUCAUACUCUUUCCUUUGCAAAAACUAGCCCCACUCUCUUCCCAUGACAUCUUGUUCAUCAUUUCUCCCCUAUUCACCCUGGCCCACCUGCAACAAAGUGUCUUGGCAACACCCAACUCUCAGGCCUUUGGGUCUCAGCUUCCGUCUGCUCCAGGCACUUAUCGAGGUAUUUUUCCUAAAGACAGCUUUAUCUCUUAAGGCAUCCUGGUGACUGAGGUUUCACCUUUUAUAUCAAUCAAGCAUGUGUGAUGAACUGAAAUUCUGGCUCUCUCACUAGAAGACUGAAGCACCUGCUGAGAAAAAGCCAACCUAUGGGGAAAAGGACACAGUUAUCUCAAGCUAGACUGUGAAAGAAAGACUUAGUCCCUGGAAGGGAAUGGAAAUUCCCAUCUGGUCUUGGGUCUGUCAUUCCAAUUUGUCUCCAAGUAAAGCCAUCCCUUAAAUUCACAUUUGAAACUGAGG